CAAGCGUCUCAGCCAGUCAGAGGAUCGUCUGCCAGGCUGGCGGGCGGGGACCCGGAAGCGAAGUGCUCUCUUCGCUGUGUCUGGCAAGUCGUUUCCUCUGGCUGGAGACAGAGGGGCAGAGACAGGCUUCCACCAUGUUUCAAUUCUUGGUUGGUUUUGCACUUGGCAAUGUAGUUGGGAUGUAUCUGGCACAGAACUAUGAAGUUCCGAAUCUUGCAAAGAAGAUCGAAGACAUCAAGAGAGAUGUGGAAGCUAGAAAGAAGCCCCCAAGCGACAAAUGAUGUUGACUUGGCUGUAUCUGUAUUAAGUGUAGAUGAUGUAGUUUCUUCAUGGGGCUGCAGAUGCCAAAUCUUAAUGUGGAUAUUGAGGAUUUCCUCCAAUUCUGGUCUUGGAGAACCUGGCUGCCCUUGGGCUGAAGCGUCGCUGCACGUUGUAGGACCUACCAGUGCAUUCCAGAUCUUUGACUUUUUAAAUCCCACAUGUGAUGGGGGGGAAAGAAAGAUUUUGAAUGGUCUCGGUAUGUGUUUCAACAAUAUUUUGUAUUCAGUAUUCUCUGGUAUUAAUGUGGUUUGGGUGUAGAAUGGUGAAAUUCCUGUCAUUAUUCCGCCCUGACAAUCUAUAAUAAUCUGUUUCAAUGAAUGAUGAAAGAAAUUAAAAGAAGUGCAUUGGGAAAUAGAAUCUAAAGAUUUUCUUAAUUUAUUCAGUAGCACAGCUUUACAGUCCUUUUGUACAAACUAUUUGUAAUGCACCAAAUCACUGAUAAAAAUUCUCCUUGUUA